UACUAUCCCGCCAUACUUCUUGAACAGUAUUAGAAGGCCACUCUAACCGGACAGCGGUGUUUACGCGUCGCAAUUUCGACACAGAAAAACUUGGAUAUCCUCCUUAAAUAUUCGUUUAAAUUAAAACGAAAACAAAACGCGAGUCCGUAGUUUUUUAACAUAACACAUACUUUUUUCAAAUCAUAACCCGGCUAAGUAAUGAUGGCGCGUUUAUGUAAACCAAGUGUUCCGUAUCCGCGUUCCGUUUUUUUCGGUCGGGUUAUAUAGAAUUUUGACAGUUCGAUGAAAAUAUUUACGUGACGUGCCUGUUUAUGGAAAAACUUUUUUGCGAACGAAAAAAAGUUUACUUUAAAGAAAGUUUUGCGAUUUGUGCCUUUAUAAUUGUAUCAAAAUGUAUCUAUUUCGUGUUGUGCGUGUGUGAUUAUGUGUCGUCGACGUAAACUUAUGGAUUACUUUUUUAAGAUUCAACUCAAUCGAGGAUGAGCGACCGAAAACGUUACGUAAAAUAAAAAUAAACAAAAAAAACUAAAAUGACAUAAAAACAAUUACAAAUGACAGUUGUAGGCCAGUAUUUUCGAAUUUUUAAAUAUAAUUUUGUUUUUAAUAAUAUGUGAUCUAUAAAACCUUUUUACUUAGCGAGUAAAGGCCAGUAUAUUUAUAAUUAUGUUAAGUUAUGAUUCUCCUGUGGUGUACGAAACAACUGUUUUUUAUCGUGACACCAGCAUGUGAGUUGGAGAUAAGCAUUAAGGGUGCUUAAUGGUUUAUAUGGAUGAAAGAGAGGGCGCGGGGCGUCGAGGAGGCGUCGUGCUGCCCUCUACAAUGCAGGCUUGUGGGCCUCCGAUCCAGUUGGAGCCAGUAGACCUAAGUCUAAAGAGACCACCGACCCCCAGAAGACGGGCUCGAGCUAUCGUUGGUGCCCCUACUUCAUCCAUGAUCACCAGGGAAGAUGACAGCUCAGCCACAGAUCUGAUAUUCAACUCAAGUCACCAAUUACCUAAAAUCAAAAUGGGUCCAGAUCUUAGAAGCGCGCGGAGACCGAAGCAACUCUUGAACAAAUUAAAACCUUCAACCCACACGCAGACCACCCCCCAUCUAGCCUUAGAACUGACGAAACCGUACCUCCCAAUGAUCCCAAUCCUACCACCACAUAAACCGACCACAGACGCGGAACUUAAAUCCUUUAUACUAAACACGGCAUUACAGAAUGCGUUAUCAGAUUCCCUUCAUCAUAUCCAGCAGAGAAGCUCCAAGAUGGAUAUGAAGAAGAAUGAGGAGUUUGUGAAUAGUAAAGAGGAUGGUAACAGGAGAAGGUUGCACAAGUGUGAUGUUGCUGGGUGUCAUAAAGUGUAUACGAAGAGCUCACAUCUGAAGGCCCAUAAGAGGACUCAUACGGGGGAAAAGCCAUACUCCUGUGCCUGGGCGGGGUGUGAGUGGCGUUUCGCCAGGUCGGACGAGUUGACCAGACACACUCGGAAACACACAGGACAUCGACCCUUCACCUGUCCGCUGUGCAGGCGGUCGUUCGCCAGAUCUGACCACUUGGGACUACACAUGAGGAGACAUUGAUCUUUAAUGUAAGGGUCAUAAAGUUCAUUUUGACUUGGCAAAUGUAUCUAUUCAUAUUGACGUGUAAAAGUGUUAUUUUAUAAUC